AUGAAUACAUUACGCAUGCUUUGUUUACUCAUCGCUACAAUUAGUAUGCUUGUACUAAAUAGUGCAGCACUCACUUGCAAAGAUGGGCAAAAAGUUUUUAUACGCGGUAGUAUUACAUUUCCUGAUAGUCCUAAAACUGUCAUUGAAUCUGACGCUAAAUUAACUGUAGAAUUACAAGAUAUAGCACAUGCUGAUGCUGCAGCUAAAGUUAUUACUAAAGUAGUCGAUGAUAUAGCUGAGUUUCCAAAAGAAUUUACUAUUAAAUUUUUACCUUCACAAAUUACAGAAGGACAUCGUUAUUCACUUAGUGUGUCUAUUCGAAAUAAAAAGAAUGAAUUAUUAUAUAUCAAUGAUGUAAUUGCUCAAGUAACACCAUUAGGUACUGGUCGUACUAAAUAUAUUGAUGUACCUGUCAUACUUAUUAAAAAAACAACUCCUGCGACUAGCAAACAGCAAUGGCCUGAAUUAGUUGGUAAAAAAGGUGAAGAUGCAGUUAAAAUAAUCAAGCAAGAAACAGGAUUUACAAAUGUUGUAACAGUUCAACAAGGAUCACCAGUGACAAUGGAUUUUCGUACAGAUCGUGUCCGUGUUAUCAUUACUGAUAAAGGUAUUGUUGCAAGUACCCCAACAAUUGGUUAA